AUGGUGAAAGCGGAUGUCCGUAAGGACUACUAUGCCGACCUGGGCCUGCAACCCAGCGCGGAAGCGGAGGAUAUCAAAAAACAAUUUCGGAAACUAGCUCUCAAAUACCACCCUGAUAGAAAUCCCGGGCGGGAAACGGAGUUCAACGCCAAAUUCCAGCUCAUCCAGGCUGCUAAUGAAAUCCUCAGCGAUCCAAAAAGACGGCUAGAUUAUGACAAAGAUCGCCUCCGUGCCGGGUAUGGUAAAUUCUACGAACCAAGCAGUCAGCGCAAACCUCCACCGACUUCCUUUACUGCCCCUAAACCAGCGAGAUAUCCAUUUCCGAGUCGUCCUUAUCCAUAUAUGAAUGGAGCCUCUGCAGGCGCCAACAGAUAUGGUGCGCAUGCGAGAGCAGGCGCGAGUCAGUGGCAACAUUCACAGGACGAGGAACAGACACGGGCCGAUGCGUUCAAAGGUUUCCAUAACAUGAGAACACCUAAUUCUCGAGGAUCUGGCCCUCAAUCUGGAGGAGCCCCAAGACAGCAUAAUACGCCUUUUGGAAACCAGCGUCCUAAGUCCGCUUAUGAAAAGACUUACCGUGAAAACUCGAAGACUCAGAGCCCCUCAAGUCCGAACUCGGCUAAGAAGAGAUAUGGGUUUGCUCCCGGAGCCGCUGACGGGGAUGAGCCACCAGCCCGUAAUACUUCGUCAUAUACAAAUAACCGGAGCGAAAGACCUAGCAGCAUGUAUUUUGACCCUGCACCUUCGCCAACCGCGAGGAAACCUGCGGCCCCCGAGCCUCCACUUCCCCAGGAAUUUGAACGGAGUAGUAGUCGCUAUGCUAGGACAGGAGGCGAGAAGACGUUUUUCACAAGCUCUGGACUAGGUCGAUCAUCGACCGUACGCACACCUUCGGGCUCAUAUCAUACCUCGAGUGCACGAACAAAUCCAUCUAGCCCCAAUCCUUCACAGCCGGAACGUCAUCGCAGUGCCAGCCCCAAGACCCGACGGGAUCGUUCCUAUUCAUUCUCUUCAACCUCUAGUGAUCUGGAUGACGAAAUCGAAGAAGAGCCGCCCCGCCCCAAGGCUGUACCAAAAAGUCGACUUCGUCCCAAUCAGAAAUUCAAUGGCUUCUAUGAACAAGAAGAUCAUGACCUAGGCACAGGUCACAAUUCGGAUAGUGCCGCAUUUGCCAGAGGCUCUUAUCGUCCCGAGCAACAGACAUCUACCUCUAAGUAUGUAUUUCUUUUUCCGUACCGUGGCUGCUCGUCAUCUUAUCUUUUUUUUCGCAGAACCGAUGCUUCCCAGAACGCGACUGGACCACAGCCGGCCGAAUUCGCGCGUCGCAGCUCUCAUAGUCUACACAAAAAGUUCUCUGCGGAUGACUGGAGAGAACACUUAAAUACCUUCGAUUUCCUUGGAGCUGCCUCCAAAGAACGAACCACAUUUCGCAGAUCGCCCACUACCCGGGAUCGAAGCCGAACAACAACCCAGGCCGAUUCGGCACCGCCGCCUUCAUCAUCGGCAAACCCACCUGGUGUGAGCUCAUUUGAUACGACAUCUUCAGACCGGCCAGCACCUGCACCAUUUGCACAAGCCAAAUUCUCGGCAGAUCACUGGGCUGCAAAACUCAACAAUCUCUCUUGGGAUUUUUCACAGACAGACAAAACCCAAAAUGCGGGCAAUACUCCACCGUCUCCAAAGAAGCACUCACGACCAGCCACCAGAAUAAGAAGUACUCCCCAGCCCACGAAGGUCACAACCGAGGCGGAAGAGGCCCAGGCAACUGUCGACGGCAAAAGCACACCUACUGAGCCUGAGCAGUCGGCGCCGCUAAACCCGGAACCCAUGGACAUGGAUAUUGAUGAUGAGGUGUCUUCCAUGCCACGAUCUACCACCUCUAAAUCUGAGUAUGCCUCUGCUGCUAGUGGUUCUCGGAAUACCAGUUAUCCAGACCUUUUUGCGCACAAUGCAGAAAAUACAUUUGCAAAUGCGCAGAAGUCACAGCCUCCUUCGCGCACAGAAAGCAAUACCGCCAGCGCAGAAACUCGAAAUCCGCUUUUUGAUCUUGAAAACCUCCGGAAUACCGCCCCAUUUACCACAACCAACAACAGUGGCAUCGAGAAUCUCAAGGAUGUUCACGCUACACUACCUUUCGAGUCACGCGCGAAGCAGCAGACUACAACUAAGCGUGAUAUUCGCCCACGGUCACUUGACUUACCAAACCCUCCCAAGCGCCCUUGGGCGCCUACUGCUGUUCCCAUUGGACCUGGAUCGCAACAGUUCUAUCUUCCCCGAGAAAAGUGGAACUGGUAUGUAUCAGCCAUGAGCACCUACAUGCACGAGUGGAAUGCCUUCAACCGCCGCAUGUUACUUCACUUCAAUACUCGCCAGGAAGCAAUUCAGACAGGACUUGCACCCGGCUGGAUCAGCGCUGUGGGCGACACGGGUCGCCUGAAGAUGAAUGGCUCUGGUGGCGACGGCGAUGAGGAUGAGGACACCAGUGAAAUCCAAGACGAUAUAGAUCCGAAGGCGAGCGAUGAAAGCCUAGUCCCAGGCAGUGCCAAGGGCGGGUUUAGUGCCUACCUUCGAGGUAUUGAGGAAGAUAUUCAAGUUCGGAAACAUUGGGAAGUGGCGUGUGAGCUGCAUCGUGAGUGUAUUCUUGACCUCGGGCGGCUACGGGAGUGGAUCCGCAAUGGAGGCAAAGUGGCAUAA